AUGUUGGAAACUGCUACUAUAGUAUAUUUGAUCUUGUCUAUCAUGUCGGAGAUCGAAGCGGAAAGAAAAGUAGAAACGGUAGAAAUACCUCUUCGCAAUACUCUCAUGGGAGUAACCGACGACGCGAGUACCCGUCUCAUCAACGUUUACAAUUCAAGCACCGCUCAUUUGAUUUUGGGAGUAACUCCAUCCUGUUACGUCUAUUUUGGUUGGAUGGAGCAAAUUUUUCUCGCACAUACAUAUGGCACAUACACUUUUGAGGACAAACAUCGUCACGACUGCAGGGAUAUUCAACCGGUGGCUUUGAAAACGGAAAACACUAAUCGCCAACUCUACAUUGGACUGAAACGAAACGGUAGAAGAAUUCAAAUACAAAGUCUUUUCGAAGGAGAGCAUUACAAGUCCAAUAAUAAAGAUCAUCCUGUGUUGUGGAGACGAUUCGAUCCUACAGCCAGACACCAACAAUUUCUGAGCAACGAGUUCGAAAAAGGUUUCAAUUAUCGCGGAGCAUUUACUUACAAAGGCCGCGUCAUUCUAUACGGCCAUGACUACACUAACGUUUUAUUGUUGGAACUGAGUGUUGCGCAAAGUUUCGCAGAUUAUGAAGGAGGUGUGGGUAACCUUCUUGUGCCAUUCAUCAGGACGAUAGCGAAUAUCAGUAAUGACAUAAUUGCACCAGAAAAUGUCUAUGUACAACAUUUUUCGGUGGCAGGCAGUAAGGAAGAAAAGUUUUUCUUUGGAAGAGCCCCUCCUUACGGUGAGACCAUUGCAAAUGGCAUUAUGUUAUCGGUCGCGUCAGUGAUGAAAGGAAGAAAAGCUGACAUGGAGUAUGUGGAAACAUUCAAGAUAUAUAUAAGUAAAGCCGAACAGUCAAAUGUCGCAGUUUACCAAACCCACUAUGCACGUAAUCUAAUUGGGAAUUAUUAUCUUAUUGAAAAAAAACUUAAUGUAUUUCUCAAAAGUGCUGCGCAGUUACCACACGUGCUUGGUCUUCUACGAGGACAUGCUGCGCAAUCCUGGUUAAAUCCGUAUAGAUUUAGCAGGAGAAUGUCCUAUCCCAACACAAUUCAUCGAAUGCAGCAAAAUUAUAUUUUUAGCGGAUGGAAAACUUUCACACCUGUUUUUAUCAGUAACGUGGUCAUCUUCAUGGUGCUGAUGUAUGCAACCAACAAGUUCUUCAGGUUACAUCACAAGAUGAUGCAGAAAAUAGGCGCUUACAGCACCUCCUAUUCUUCGGCAAACUCUCUUUAG